ACAAGAAUCUAUAUGUCUAUAUAAGUAUCUACUAUUGAUCAUGAAAUUUUACUUCCCUAUUAAAUAAUCUAGAAUGUUAAGUGUUAAUGUUUAUUGAUGCGGUUUAAAUAUGGACAUAUUUUAAGAGUGUAAAUCUAUUAAACAAGAUUUGGUACGUUUAUUUAACGAAAAAAGGUUUAAAAAACCGUCGACGGGAUGACGGACGAUGGCGAUUACAUGGAUAUGGAUCUUGCUCGUCGCUUAAGAGAACAGGCAGCUGUUGAAGAUGAAAAUCCACCUGAGGUGAAAGUCAAGAUGGAAGAAAUGGAAGAGCAAAUUGAGUACGAGAGCAUGAAUGCAGAAAACAUGAUACCCGACGAACAUUUGACCCGUGACAUUCACACUGCAUCUUCCGCGACGAGGGAAAGCGGAACGACUUCCUUAUCAAAAACCUGUACCCCACCAUUACUUCCACCGAGACCACCGAAAGAACGUCUUCAUCGCAUCAAAUCGAGCCAAGUACGGGUUAUUAAUGAAACCCUUCGCAGGUCUCGGCGAAGGUCCUUGUCGCCAAGUCAUUCUCCAACGCGCUUUGGUAGAUUGUUUGAAGACACAUCAGUCAAAACAACAAGGUGUGUAGUUGUGAAAGGCCUUGACGAAGGUGUUAAUCUUGAUCUAGUCAAAUCAUUCUUUGAAGAUGAAUUUCCACAUCAAGCGGGUGAUAUAACAUUCAUGAAGAGGUGCGACCUUACAUACGAUAUCAUCAUUGAAUUUCAAACACUCGAAGCUUCUCAGUCGGUACUUACGAAAGCACGAUCAGGGACAAUCCGAUAUUACGUUUCUAAAGAAUUCAUUACGAUAGAACCGUGUCCAGAAAAAGACAAAACGAGUCUUCUGGUCAACUGUAUCGAUGUUAGCACUACCAAGGCGGAUAUUGCUGAAUAUCUUCAUGACCACUGUGCCAUUGCCAGAGAAAGAUUUAAGAGUAUACAGUUCGGUACAAAAAAAGAAGCUGCAGUUAUUCAGUUUGAUUCACCAAGACCAGAUAUCGAAACCAUUCGGAAACGAUUGAGUAAAAGGCCGUUCAGAGGGAAAUUGAUGAGAUUUGACGAGAUAGACACAUGUAGAAGUAUUAUUGUUCAAAACGAAGAUCCAAAUCUGUCUGAGGAUGAAAUUGUAGAAUACUUCUCAAAAAUGGACCAAAGCGGUGGCGGAAAAAUAGACGCAGUCCAUAUCUACCUUCCCCUGAAUGCAUAUGUUGUUGUCUUUCGAUUUGCUGAAGAUGCUCAACGUGUUUUAGCGCGAAAUCCGCAUAUUAUAAAUGCAAAAGCACUUACUGUGCUGCCAUUCUUUGCAAGUCUUCAAGCAACAUCUAUUAAUGAGAUCACUACACAAGAGCCUCUUAUUUUCAACGAUUUGGACAGAUACAUCGUUAGAUUUGUACGAAACUCAGAAGAAUAUCGAAAUGAUUUAGAAUGUAAAAUAGCUACGCUCAAUGGAAAGGUGGUUUGGCCAUGCAAAUCGUAUUCUGACCGAAACGACGAAAGUGAAAAACACCUACAAGUUAUUUGUACAAUUGAUCCGAGCGAAAUGUCUGUUAAACCUCUUAAAGUGAUUCUUAAAAACUGGCAGCACAUUUGUUCGGAAAACAUUCAACACUUUUUUCAACAAUUUGAGACGACGAAAGCAAUUCUGGUCGCCGACCAGGUCUGGAACACCUUAAAUCGGUACAUUGACAAAAUGGACGACUCUAAAUGGAGGGAUAGAGCUGCGUUCAGAAAUAGCCAGUUUUUAAGCGUGAGAAUAGUCGGACGAAAGGAAUUUACAAAAGACUUGUACACAAUCAUUGCACGGAAGGUGGAUGAACUCGAAACAGAUUAUGUCGCUUCACAUAAGACAAAUGGUGUACAAAAAGUUAUCCAACUCAAUUCCAACGAACUGUCUCUUCUUCGGUAUUCAAGGGAACUCGAAGAUAUAGGAAAGCGAAUGCCUACCGUUAUGAUAAAACCGUUAGACGUAGAUGGCCUUGAACUUUCGGGCAAUAUUGAUUCGAUCGAAGAAGUAAUCGAUACAAUACAGUGCAGCUUGAACAGUUAUUCGAGGGAAGUGCUAAAUAGCGCCAAACAUGGAAUAACUUGUAGGACACUUGACUUACUGAAGACUCAGGAAACUGAGGCCUACAUCGCCGAUAAAAUCGAUAAAAAGAUAGGAGGAAAUACCAAAGCUUGCUAUGGUCUAGACAUCGACAACAACGUUGAGGUUUGUGCUACGGAUAAAGAAUCUCUUACGAAAGCAAUCAUAAUUAUUAGAGAUUCAAUCAAGGAAAAAGAACUCAAGUCAUUAACUCCACGGCAUCGAGCUAUGCUAUGUGGACAUGACGGUGAUAUCUUGUUUACCAGUUUGCAGGAGAAACACAUGGGUCUUUUUGUUAGCUUCAAACACAAAGAUGGGUCGAUUAGCUUUGUCACCAUUGAUUCUAUUUUUGAGGAGGUGGAAGAGAUGAUAUCACUGUUUAUAGACAACCAUGAAGUAAUUUCGGAAUUCAUCGAGGUUGGCAGUGGUCGUUUAGCCUACCUUUUGACGUAUAAAGCAAACGAGCUUGAAACCAUUGAAGACGAAUACCGACCAAAAGGCGUUGAGAUAUCAGUUGUAGAAGGGAUGAAGAAUGGCUUUUCCAUUAAAGGAGAAAAACAAUAUUGUCGGGAAAUAGGUCAGAGGCUACAUCUGAUGGUUGACAUAAUCUUUGAAAGAAGUCAUGAACUAAAAUGGGAUGGUUUCCAUGAAUGCCUCAAGGGAAACAAAGGACCCGGCGUUCAGUCCAAGAUUUCAAUGAUUGGGCUUGAAAAUAAAUGUGUGGUAAAGAUAUUGCCAAACAAAAGAGACAACCCAACAAACACUAGCGCCAGUUUGAUCGAUACGAAGUUUUUCACCACAAUUGGGAAUCUAAACAAAUCUCUGUACUUGGUUGCGGGUGAUAUUACCGACCUUGAAGCUGACAUUGCUGUCGUCCCAUCAAAUUCAAGUCUUGAGCUAUCUGGUGGUGUCGGGCGAGUAGUAGGAGCUAAAGGAGGUUUUGAAAUUCAGAAAGAAUGUUGUGACAAAGUUAAAGUAAAAAAUGGCCGCGUGUCACCAGGAGAUGUGUUUGUAACAACAAGUGGAAACCUUACUGUAAAACGUUUACUGCACGCAGUCAUCCCGUACAAUGAUGAUCUCGAACAAGAUGCUGAUGGUAUUCUGGCGAGUUUGGUAGAUCAAUGUAUUUCAAAGGCAUCAGUACUUGGAUGGAAGUCUAUAGUGUUUCCGUUGAUUGGAACUGGUCAAUUCCACUUUUCUCUGGAUACAGUUGCUAAGAUUCUUCUCACGAAUAUUAUGACAUUUUUUAGAGAAGAAAAUGAUACCGUUUUAGAAAGAGUUUACAUUUGUGAUUUGGACGAAGAAAAGCUCAAGAAUGUCAUUAUGCAAGCUAAACAGAUGUCAGAUUACAAGGACAAAGAUGAUUCAAGUGAAAUUCCAACAAACCGUCAAUGUGGGAAGUCAAUAAAAUGCGAUGUCACAAUGGAGUCUCUGGCCGAACUGCAGGCGGACGUUUUUGUGAAUGCUGCGACCCAGGAUAUUAAUCUUCGGGUAGGUGCUCUUGGGAGGGCUAUUUUAGAUGUUGCUGGAGAUGAGGUUUUGGACGAUAUCAAACGCGCUUAUCCUGAUGGUGUUCGAUAUGGCGAAGUAGCUAUUUCUAACACAGGAAGAAUGAGAGACCGCGUUAAGGCAUUUUUCCAUGGACAAAUCCCUCACUGGAGUCAAAACCAUGGAUUUGCAGAAAUCGUCUUAUCCAACUUUGUUACUGAGUGUCUACAAGAGGCUAAUCGGCGCAGUUUUCGCUCAAUCGCAUUCCCCGCGCUCGGAUGUGGCAAGAGAGGAUACCCGCCUGUCGUUGUAGUGACAACUAUGCUUCGUGCGAUAACCGAAUAUGCAAGAAAAGCUCCAAGAACUACAGUUGAUCUUGUGAAAUUUGUUAUUCCUCAAAAUAGUUCAGAUCUUUUCGAGGUGUUCAAUGAGUUUGUAUCUGAAAACAAUGGUAUUGAAACGAGAAGCUUUGUCAGAGAAUACUUUGGUCGUUCUCGGUCAUUCAACGACCUCUUUCUUCAGAGAAGCAGUCACCAGAUUCAAGUAGGUCCUGUGUCUUUUAAGUUGAUCCUUGGAAACAUCACCAUGGAGAGCGCACACGCAAUUGUUAAUUCCACAAAUGUCGCCUUGAAUUUGAAUCUUGGUCGUGUGUCAUCUAUGAUUCUUCUAACUGCAGGAAAGGUCAUUCAGCUAGAAUGCAACACUGACGAAAAGAAAAAACAAGCCCGGGAAAAUAAAGUAGUUGCAACAGGCCCAGGAAGACUGUUAUGCAAGAAAAUCCUGCAUUUGGUCGCCGGAGAAAAUAUUCAGCAGUGGAGAAAAUGCGUGAAACGUUGUCUCCAGACGGCGGAAGCGGAGAAUCUGCCAAUUGUAGCAUUUCCUGCAAUCGGAACAGGUAAAUGUGGACAAUCUGCCCAUGACAUGGCCGACGUGUUGGCAACAACUGUGAAGAAGUAUGUUGAAAGCAUCAAAUACAAGGGUGUCCUCAGAGCUAUAAAAAUUAUCAUCUUUGAUCAGGAAAUGUUAGACGUGUUUAGAACAACCAUUAAUAAUAGGCUGUUUGGCAGACGGAGGGAGUCUAGGAUUUCUAAAAUCUUCAUGAGAGGGACAGAGGAAAGCUUUGAAAGUGAAGCUGAUGUCAAAUUCCACAUAUUUGCUGAGACAGAGAAAGAAACAGAAGGAGCCAUUCAAGAACUUCAUUCCUUGAAGACGGAGGAGAAAAUCGCUUUUCCAUCGUCGGUUGUAAGCCGACUUUCAGAAUCACAGGAACACGCACUUAAAGAUAUAGGAAAGCGUAGAAGGACAGUUAUAGUUGGUAUAGACAGGAAGGAUGGAUCCAUUGCCGUGACUGGCUUUGACAGUGAUGUUGCACAGACCAAACUAGAAAUAGAAAGAUAUCUAGCAAACCAUUCAAAUGUGACACUACCAGUCCAUUGGAAUAUGAAUGCAUCCGAAUCUAUAAAACUUGUUGAGCUGCAAAAAGAUGACUCAGAAUAUAAGAUGGUACACAGUCUUUGUGAUCAGACGCUUCCUUCUGGUACAUAUGUCAAGAUUGAACGGAUUCAGAACCCAUUGUUGUACAUACAGUUUGAAGAACGAAAACGUAAAAUGACGAGUAAAAAAAGUUGCGGAAGUCAAACGAGCUCUUUAUGGUAUGGUGGAAGAAGUGCUGAAGAUGCCUCGUACAUUUCAAAUCACGGAUUCGGCAGGCUUUGUGGAACAAGCUCUUCAUGCGGAACGGGAGUACGUUUUACCAAACAAGUUCAGGCUGCGUAUGAGUUCUGCAGUCAGGAUCUCACAGGAGUGAAGGUUUUGAUGCUUGUAGAUGUGCUUGUCAGUGACCGAUCCGCAAUGGACUUAGAUGUAGUUCAAAUAACGGAGUCUAACCAUGCUUAUCCGAAAUUUGUCAUUUACUUUAAGGAACAGAUUUAAACAAAAGAAACUCUGUGCUGUGGGUUUAUCUUACUUUUUAAGUAUUUAUUUGCAUAUUUCAUGUAAAUGUUAUGACAUGUUAAAAGUAUUUUUAUUUAGUCAAAUCAAAAUGUCAACUGAUUUGUUAAUUGUUUUCCAAAUACUGCUAUAAACCAAACAAAUCAUUUAAAAGUGCAACCUAGCCAAAAUAUAACCUGCUGACAACUUAUCAAAGUGUUACACAAUUGACUGCAGGUUUUUAGGGUCGUUCAAAAACACGAAGUUGCCACGUGAUAAAAAACAAACAUGUUUUGUAAAAAUUUGCUUGGAUCUUAACAUGACACACAACUUGUCUUUUUAAUAAGUGUCCGUUGGUCCGUUGGUGCGUCAAAACCACUUGUGCAAUUAUUAUGGAAGUCUAUAAGAUCGCUUUGUCACUUUCAGGGGCUAUGAGCUGUUUUAAACAAAGAAAAGCAAUUACCAUAUAGCUAAUUAUUUGUUUCUCUACAAUGUUUAAUAUGUACGAUUUCUUCCGUUUACUUUUAAUACAAACUGAUCUUUUAGUACAUGUAUUAUACGAUUUUCGGUGGUCUAUAAAGCUUUUUAAUGAAAUACAAAGGGUAUUUUACUGUUUAAAACAGCAAAUCCAUUAAUUUGCUAUUUUGCACUGUUUGAAAUUUCAGCCGACUCUGACGUCCAAAUCAAACAUCAGCGCGCACAUGACUAGAACACAAUUUAAGCAACAUUAAAUCCAAAACGACUUUACGUUCGCAAAUAUUUAUACGCGCAUUUGGAAAAAAGUACAAUUUAAUGUGAUUUUAUAUCAUUUUUAGGCACAUAAUAAACAAGUUUUUGUUUCGAUGUAGGAUCGCAAUAAAUUUCACCUCAGCACUAAAAGUAAAUAUUUGAAAUAUGGAUUUUGGUACUCACUUCUUACACGGAAACAAAAAAUUAUCUCAUAUAGAAGACAUGUUAUAUUCCAAAAAUGUGCAGUUUUGUGAUAGAUUCAUUUAUUGUGUGCAUUAUUGUGUGCACGAUUGUUUCGAAAUUUAAAGCUUUAUCUGCUGUGUAAACCAGUUCUAUGCAGACAUGAUUUUACAGAAAUCUUUCAUUUAUGUAUAUUUGUUAAUUUAUAAAUAUAUUGCACAUAUAGUAGUGUAAUAAAUUGUUUAUGUUUAUAGGCCAUAUGUAAGUUGGAUAGCUAUGCAAACAGUUUGCCGAUUUGUAUUCACUCAUGUAAGUUUUUUUCAAUUGCACUGUUCACAUUUGCCACCUAGUAUUGUAAUACAUUGUAAAUGAGUUGAAGACGAAAUGUAAUUUGGAAGGCUAUGGAUUUUUUCCGAAAUUAUCUUAUUGAUGUAUAUGUUUCAUUUAUAGAUAUUUUAAACAUU